AUUCAUUGGUGCUGGUCAAUACAAACAGCGCUGAGGAAUGUGGACUCGUUCGUUGUUCAGUUUAGUUCAAUGGGAGGUUUUAAGAGUUCGAAUGCAGACACCGAAUAAAAGUGCUGCGUUUUGUGAGACUGGUUGUGAUUUCCAUAUCACAUGUUACUUUUUAAACAAGGUGUAAAGCAGUGAGUCAUACUCUAACGAAAAGACACUCAUUCAACUGGACUGCUGGUGGAUUUGAUAGAACAAAGACAAUGAUCCUGAUCAUCGUCCAAACAUGUCUGAGAGGGAUCUACAGUUGUCACUGGAACAGUCCUAGUAGUAUGCGACAAAAAACGGCAUGCUGCUGGUUCUCUUUUCUUUCUUUUGUGUCCAUACUUGCCCUGACUUGGAUGUACAUUUGUUUUAUUGCUUAUAACGACCACAGUGAUUUAAAUUGGACGGCCUUCAACACACUUAAAAAAUGGGUGAACUGGUACAUGAUAUUGUUGAUAAUUUCUGCUGUGCUAGCCACAUACUGCCUCCUCCUACUGGUAUUUGCAUUACUGCAUUUUGCACUCCGAGAACCAUUGGAUUUACACUGGCUGCAUAAGGUAUUCCUGUUCUUGGGUCUCCUCGUUGUCACUCUCGGCACAGCUGGAAUGAGCAAAGAAUGGAAAGAGGAGUGGAAAACUGUCUAUAUGUCAUUUCAGGCCACUGCUCCAUUCCUGCAGCUGAGUGCUCUGGCAGCUUUGACUCUUAUAAGCUGGCUUGUUUUCCAGAGUUACCUUAGAGCAAAAACAUCUGUUUGUAAGAUCUUCAUAAUGGUGACCUUCCUGGCAGUGUCAGCUGCUGUGUUUCUGUGCCCUCUUGUAAUCUGCUCUCCAUGCAUCACCAAUAAUCUCCCCCCAAAGCCUGCACUCGUUGGACAUCGUGGUGCUCCUAUGCUGGCUCCAGAGAACACCAUGAUGUCAUUCAGGAGAAGUGUGGAGUGUGAUGUGGUGGCAUUUGAGACAGAUGUACAGCUCAGUAAGGACAUGAAGCCUUUCCUCAUGCAUGACAAUAACUCAAAUUUUCUGCUAAGAACGACUGAUGUGAAAAACAGUUUUCCAGAUCGAGAUAACUACACGCACACCAACUUCACAUUGCAAGAGUUAAAGAUGUUAAAUGCAGGGGAAUGGUUCUUAAAGACAGAUCCAUUUUGGACAGUUUCAUCGCUUUCAGAGGAAGCGAAAUUGCAAGCUAAAGACCAGACUGUACCAACACUCUUAGAGCUGUUAGUCAUGGCCAAAGAGCAUAACACCUCCAUCAUAUUUGACCUGAAAAAUGAGAAAGACUCAACAGAAUUCUACAACAGCGACUCCUAUUAUACUUUUAAAACCAUCCAAAAAUCAGGCAUCUCACCAGACAAGAUAUGGUGGCUUCCUCCAUUGUAUAGACACAAUGUGAGCAAGAUUGAACCAGGGUUCCAGCAGGUGUAUAAUAAUGUAUCUGAAAUGGAUGCGGAUGGUGGAAGCUUCCUGAAUGUGAAAUAUAGUUCACUCAGCACUCAUAAUAUAAGAGAGCUUCGAGAAAAGAAUGUGUCAGUGAAUCUGUGGGUUGUGAAUGAACGCUGGCUCUUCUCAUUGCUGUGGUGCUCAGGGGCCAGUUCGGUGACCACCAAUGCCUGCCACCUCUUACAAAACAUGUCUCGACCUGACUGGCAUCUGAAGCCUAAUCAGUACAUGUGGAUAUGGAUCUCGGCUGACGUGAUAUCAGUGGUGAUGCUGUUAGGGUUGUUUCUUUUGCAAAAGAAAAGAAACCGUGUUUUCCACCAAAGUACAUGGGAGAGAAGUGUCCCCCUGCUUGCACUCUGAACGACGUCAUCCUUGUCACGAAAGAGGGCAUUGCAUUUUCACAUUUUGGAGGAUCUAAUGUGGUCAUUAUAAGUACAUCCUGUCAUAGUAAAUGUGCCAUGAAAUGAAUUCACGUAAUAUCUGUGGUUUAAUGUAGUUUGUAUAUGCCAGGUAUUGAUCAUUAUAAGACUUUAUACAAAUCAUGGACUCCAUAGUGGAACAAACUGUACGAUGCUGCCACCCCUUGACCAAACUAUGUCAUUUCAGCCAUUUUUUGUUUUUUAUUUUGAUAUUAACACAAUAAUUUUUAUAGUUUUAUGUUUGCUAAUGAGAUUUACACUUUCUGAAACACAUUUUUUAAGAGAUUUUAUAUGGCAUAUGUAGAUAUGUAUUUUUUUUUUAUACUUUACAUUUCUUUGUUUUUGGUAAUUACAGGGAAGCUACAUUUAGAAGGGUCAAUUACUUUAUGACUCCAUUGUUUUGUGUGUAUAUUUGGGGGGGGUAAUAACCAUGUUUUUUAUUUGAUUUCCUUCUGUAGCUAUUAGAAUUGAAGCUGUGUGCAUUUAUGGAAAAUUUUAUAAUGCAAUUUUGUGAAUUGCAUUAAAAAGGGAAUUAAACAAAGUAACAGUUUUCAUAGCUUACCACAAAUACAUUAUAGUACAUAGAUUAUUUUGACCUUAACACGUUUUAUGCAGUGGU